CGACUGGGCAGGGCCGCGCGCCGGAGACCGCGGUAGGAGGACGCGCUGCGCUGCGAGCAGCUGGGUCUGGCCCGUCCGCCAUGGAGCGCCGGGUGAGAGUGAACACUUGGGUGGAGGAGAACCGGGCCUCCUUCCAGCCCCCGGUCUGCAACAAACUCAUGCACCAGGAGCAGCUAAAAAUCAUGUUUGUCGGGGGCCCCAACACCAGGAAGGACUAUCACAUUGAGGAGGGUGAGGAGGUGUUUUACCAGCUGGUGGGAGACAUGGUUCUCCGAGUGCUGGAGCAAGGGAAACACCACGAUGUGGUCAUUCGGCAGGGAGAGAUAUUCCUCCUGCCCGCCAGGGUGCCCCACUCCCCACAGAGGUUUGCAGACACCAUGGGGCUGGUGAUUGAGCGGAGGCGGCUGGAAACUGAGCUAGAUGGGCUCAGAUACUAUGUGGGGGACACAGUGGACGUACUGUUUGAGAAGUGGUUCUACUGCAAGGACCUUGGCACACAGCUGGCCCCCAUCAUCCAAGAGUUCUUCUGCUCUGAGCAGUACAGAACGGGAAAGCCCAUCCCUGAUCAGCUGCUAAAGGAGCCUCCAUUCCCUCUGAGCACACGAUCCAUCAUGGAACCCAUGUCUCUGAAGGCCUGGUUGGAUGGCCACCACAGGGAGCUGAAGGCAGGCACAUCCCUCAGUCUGUUUGGGGACACCUAUGAGACCCAGGUGAUUGCCCACGGACAAGGCAGCAGCAAAGGCCCUGGACAAGAUGUGGACAUAUGGCUGUGGCAGCUGGAGGGCUCUUCAACCGUGAUGAUAGGGGAACAGCAUCUGAAUCUGACCUCUGAUGACAGCCUCCUGGUGCCAGCUGGGAGCUCGUAUGUGUGGGAGCGAGCACAAGGCUCUCUGGCUCUGUCUGUGACUCAGGACCCUUCCCGCAAAAGGCCUCUGGGGUGACCCGCAUGCUGUGGGCCCAUAGCAGCCACAGUGUGCCUGAGUGCCAGC